CAUGACCUUAUUAGACGCAUAAGCUCUGCUCUAUGGCCAACAUCGGGUGACACUCCGAUGAGGAGUCUGUCGGAUGUUGCUGCCCGAACUGCUGGAGAUCCAGACGCAACCUUUCCUGUGUUUAAAGGGCAUCCCAAAAAAAGCACCGCCAGCAUGUUCCGUGGCAAACAGACCCGAGUGCUUCUCCUGAAUGACAUGGAGAGCAUGGAGCGCACUCUGUUUCGCCUGGAGCAAGGCUUUGAGCUUCAGUUUCGCCUGGGCCCAACUCUGCAGGGCAAAAGUGUGCAUGUUCACACCAAUUAUCCAGCCUUGUACAAGAAGUUUGUGGCCUCCAGCUUCCGUCAGCUGGAGUGGGAAAACCCCAGCGGCAGAGAGGAUGACUCAGACAAAUACUGCAAACUGGACCUGGAGAUAGCAGGCUCUUAUCAGUAUUACUUUGGGUGUGGAAAUGAGCAAAAAACUGGAGGUGGAUACAUCAUUGUGGAUCCAGUUUUGCGUGUUGGUCAUGAAAGGAAGAUUCUCCCGCUGGAUUGCAUUACAGUGCAGACUUACCUGGCUAAGUGUCUGGGCCCUUUGGAUGAAUGGCUAGACAGACUCAAAGUGGCGCGGGAAACUGGUUACAAUAUGAUCCACUUCACGCCUUUGCAGAAACUUGGCAUGUCAAAGUCAUGCUACUCCAUAGCUGAUCAACUGGAGCUGAACCCUGAUUUCUCUCCACCUGGCAAAAACUACACCUGGAUGGAUGUGGGCAACCUGACAGAGAAACUUAAGAAAGAGUGGAACAUGAUUUGCAUCACAGAUGUGGUAUACAACCACACAGCUGCCAACAGUAAGUGGAUCAGGCUUCAUCCAGAGUGUGGAUAUAACCUGGUGAACUCUCCUCAUCUGAAACCGGCAUGGCUGUUGGACAGAGCCUUGUGGCACUUCAGCUGCGCCAUAGCAGAUGGAAAAUACAGCGACGGCGGACUUCCACCUCUUAUUGAGAAUGAGAAACACAUUACUAUCCUUAAAGGGCUUCUCUGGACGGAGGUUUUUACUCAUCUGAAACUUUGGGAGUUUCUUCAGGUGAACGUUGAGAAAGCUGUGGAGCAGUUUAGAAAGGUUCUUCAAGCUGGUAACAAACCUGUGGGUCCUGAGCUGGAGGGCAAGCCAAAACUAAAAGUCAUUCAGGAUUCACAGUUCAGACGCCUCAGUAACACUGUAGACAUGCAACUGGCCUUGGAGAUGUUUGGCCGACACACUAAUGGCCCCAAAUCCAUCGAAGAGUGCUGUGAUUGGUUUAAGAAGAGUCUAGAGGAACUGAAUGUGGAAUGCUACAAGGAAAUGCACAGUCAUCAUGAGAAGGCUAUAGACUGCAUUGUGGGAACAGUCUGUUAUGAAAGAAUUGCUGCCCACGGUCCUCAGCUUGGACCUGUAACUCAGACAAACCCUUUGGUGCUGAGAUAUUUUACCUUCCCAUUUGAGGACAUGACCAUGGAGCAGGAAAGUCAGCUGAUGCAGGAUCCUAACAACGCUUGUCAUCUGCUCGCUCAUAAUGGAUGGGUGAUGGGUGACGAUCCCCUUAGAAACUUUGCAGAGGCAGGGUCUACUGUUUACCUCAGAAGAGAGCUUGUUUGCUGGGGCGACAGUGUUAAGCUCCGCUAUGGCGACAAACCAGAAGACUGUCCGUACUUAUGGGCUCACAUGAAGAAGUACACUGAGAUCACAGCCAAACAUUUCUCGGGUGUGCGCCUGGAUAACUGCCACUCCACACCCCUUCACGUGGCCGAGUAUAUAUUGGCUGUUGCUCGUCAGCACAGGCCUGAUCUGUAUGUGGUGGCUGAGCUCUUCACUGGCAGCGAGGAGCUGGACAAUGUUUUUAUGACUAGGCUUGGCAUUACCUCCCUUAUCCGAGAGGCUAUGAGUGCUGGAGACAGUCAUGAGGAGGGUCGACUGGUCUAUCGGUUCGGAGGAGAGCCUGUUGGGUCAUUCAUCCAGCCAAACCUCAGGCCGUUAGAACCGUCAAUUGCUCACGCCAUGUUUCUGGACGUCACUCAUGACAACGAGUGUCCCAUUCAGGUUCGUUCAGCAUAUGAUGCUCUGCCCAGCUCUGCUAUUGUCUCUAUGGCCUGCUGCGCCUCAGGCAGCACUAGAGGAUAUGAUGAGCUCGUCCCUCACCAGAUUUCAGUUGUGAAGGAAGAGCGUCUCUACCCCAAGUGGAAUCCUGAUGCACUGCCCUCUUCUGGCAGGGAGGUGAACUUACACUCUGGAAUAACGGCAGGAAAACUGGCUCUCAACAAACUCCACCAAGAGCUAGCAGAGAACGGCUUCACCCAGGUUUACGUGGAUCAGCUGGAUGAAGACACAGUGGCUGUGACCAGGCAUUGCCCCAGCACACAUCAGUCUGUUGUGACAGUGUGUCGUACGGCCUUUAAAGACCCCAAAACACACCAAUUCAGAGAGUCUCUGGCCCCCAUGUACAUCCCAGGUAAAAUCGAGGAGGUGAUUUUAGAGGCACGCACAGUGGAGAGAAGCGCUGAGUCAUAUGUGAAAGAUGAGACGUUCAUUAAUGGCCUGCCGAACUACACAGUCGAGAUCCGUGAACACAUCCAGCUAAAGGAGAGUCAAAUUGUAAAGCAGGGUGAUGCCACCACAAAAGGGCGCAGCGAGUUUGUUGAGGAGAUUUUGUUCGAAAAGCUCACACCUGGUAGUGUCAUUGCAUUCAGGUAAACACACACUAACACACAUAUAGAU